AUGCGGUUGAAGCUUGAAGCAAUGAGUGCUGAUUCCACAGUUUUUCCUGGCCGCUGGUACUACAAGUGUCUGAAGUACUUGAAUGAGGGGACUUUUGAGCACAUAUUUCAAUGGUGGGAUGACGGUGUGACAGAGCAGCUGGAGAGAUACAAGAUACGGCUUGAUGAGGCAAUGGGGAAACAGCUACAUUUGGAAACACAUGUUCGCCUUCUUCAAGGUGAAGUUGCUCGCAUGAAGGAGGAGCUUGCAAACCAAGGAGACACAGGGGUUGUGGCUUCCGACCCAGCUGUUGGCAAAUUAAAGGAAGAAAGAAGUGGGCAAAACGACGAUGACUUGGUGAAAGCUGCUCAUCAAAUAUUUUUCAGUGACCACCAGUUUAAGUUUGGCCUCGAGCAUUGUUGGAGAGAAUUACGGCACGACCAGAAGUGGUGCACCUCCACAGCGGACAAAGACUCUGCAAAAAAGAAACGAAGAAAGGGGGACGAGACUUCGGCUCACGGUAGUCAACCUGAAAUACUUGUAGAUAGCUCUCCUGAAGCUCGGCCGCCUGGAGUAAAAGCAGCAAAAGCUGCUGCUAAAAAGAAGGUGAACGGAGAUGCUAAAGACGAAGGGAAAAAAUGGAUGACUUCAAGGACUUGUGGGAAAUAA